CGAGAUCAAAAUGCAGUGUCAGCAAAUAUUGAUAAUCUUUUACUGAGAGGAAGUAGCCUAAAAAAUACCGAUUGGUGUAUUGGAUUAGUCGUAUACACGGGUCACGACACGAAAGUUAUGCUUAAUUCUGGAAAAAUGCAUUAUAAGGUAACAGGGAUAGAAAAAUCAUUAAAUAUGCUAUGUCUAAAGGUUAAAAACUGAUAUUAUAGUUUAGGUUAUUAUUGGAAUGUUUAUUUUUGAUCUUCUUUCCGCUCUGGGUUCCGGAUUAUGGUCAUAUUAUGUGGGUCGCUUCUUUGAAAUAUAUUUACCUACUCCUACCUUUCUAGAAAAACUGAAUUCAGAUAUCCAAGCUACUAUUAUUUCAUUGAUCACGAUUCUUUCAUAUUUUAUUUUAUACAGCAAUUGUGUACCUAUAUCUCUUUAUGUUAGCAUUGAAUUAGUCAAAAUUGGACAAAGUUUGUUUAUUAACUGGGAUAAAAAUAUGAUCAGUACUAAUAAUAACGUCAGAGGAAAGUGUAGAACUACAGCUUUGGCUGAAGAUCUUGGCCAAAUAGAACAUAUAUUGACUGAUAAAACCGGAACCCUUACAAUUAACUUCUUUAAAUUUAGACUUUGUUUAAUUGGAGAAAAAUUUUACUUGGAGGAAAGGACAGUUGAUUCAAUAAAACUGGAAAUACAUGGGAAGAUCGAAAUAUUCAAAAUCUAUUGCACUCUUGAGUUUACUAACGCUAGAAAACGGAUGAGUAUUAUUGUCGAAAAUAACGGAAAUAUUUAUUUGCUUAGCAAAGGUGCAGAUGAUGUUAUUUGUACAACCUGUGAGUUACAAGACUUGGAAAGAAUGAAAAUUAAACAAAAUCUUGAGGUGGUUGACUUUAUCAUCACUUUUCAGUUUAUUUCGUCAGAAGGCCUUAGAAUUCUCUGCAUGUCUUAUAAACAGUUGUUUAAGAAAGAAUUUGAUGACUGGUAUGAAAAAUACACAAAUGCAUGUAAAAUUAUUGACGGAAAAAAGUCAGAACGAUUAGAAAUUAUAUACAGCGAAAUCGAACGUGAUAUGAAUUUUCUGGGAAUUACUGGGAUAGAAGACCGACUUCAAGACGGCGUCUGUGAAACAUUGGCCAAAUUAGCUAGCAUCAAUAUAAAAGUUUGGAUGUUAACUGGUGACAAAUUGGAGACCGCUGUUAACAUUGGUUAUUCUUGUGGAUUGUUUAAUGAUACUCUUGUUGAAGUGUUUAAAUUGUCAGAAAAUAUAAAAGAAAGCAUAAAAAAUUGUCUUGACAAAAUAAAAGAAAUAAUAACAGAAAACAAUUAUGAUUAUGAUGAAUAUAAAAAAAUGCUCCUAGACCACCCUUCCAAACAUCCCGAGAACAUUAGCUUAUUUGGACUUAUUUUGACUGGCGAGAGUGCGGAUGUAUCUGCCGAGGAAUCAUUCAAUUGUCCAAAACUAUACAAAGAUUCUCUUCGGAGUCGUUAUUUCAACAAAAGAGUGUUCGCCAUAUGUAUUCUUGAAUCCUUUUGGAAUUCGUUUGUCGUGUUUUUUGUUACUCUACUGGCAACAUGGGGGCAAACCUCCAGCACUGGCCACGAUUUGAAUGAUUUACAAAGCUUUUAUCAUUUUAUCAUGGCUUAUCAUUUUGCUACAGUUACAUUGAGAGAUACAAAGUUGCUCUCUAUGUUCUUCUCUUGGAGUGAAUAUGAGAACAGCUUAUCAUUGGAUUGA